AUGGAUUUAACUUUCUCAUAUCGGAGAAAAAUGAUUACUGAAGGACACCAUUCCUUGAAGAAAAUAAAAGAAAAAUACCCAUUCCUCUUUGAAAGGGAACAGGUAUAUAUCAACUACCAAGUUGCUAUAUUAGUAUAUAGUUUAGUAUAUAGUUUCAGCAUGUUCGAAAUAGGCACAAGUUAUAACCAAUAUAGAAUGACAGCUGUGUUGAUACCAAAUUCAAUCUGUCUUUUAAUUCUUAUGGGAUAACCAAUCAAGAAUUGGUCAUUGUCUGCUAUUUCAUUCUCCUUUAAUUAAUGUAAUCUAUUUGGCAGGAAAAACCUUUAAGUGUUUGUGUACACUUAGGAAACAUUGAAUAGCAUGAAAUAAAUAAUGUGCAGGCUGAACAAUACAACUGAACAAAUAAUGUUUUUUAAUUGCUCUGUGUUUACAGUACUGUAUGUUUCCCACUUGUCUUAUUUGUAGUUACGGAAAGAAUACAAUCAGCUAUUGGCAGACGAGAAUGCUGCUGAUUGCAUGAAGCACAAUCUGUUGGAAUUAGCACCCAAAAUUAUAUCUGUUGCUGAGAAAAGAAAUUUGGCUGCAAAAGAAGCCCAGGAUCUGUUGCAAUUAUGUUGUCAACUGAAUGAUGCUGAUGUGGAUGAAGCGGAAAUCACUGAAGGUAUGUGUACAUGA